AUGUUUGCUCAUCAAGGUGGUAUCGGAUCCAUGAUGAAUUCAUUGAUGAGGAAGUACCAAACAUCAUCAUCUUUGCUAAGUGGAUAUUCAUGGACACAGAUCAUGGAGAAAAUGUUGGAGAGAACCGGAGUGAUGAGUAAUGGCGGAUUCAAUCUAAGACCAUCAUCCUUGAAGAAUAUUUUGUCUGUUUUGCAUCGUUUUGCUCCUCUUCAACAAGAGAGCAUAUCCUUUUCAUCAUUGCCAGCUCAAUCGUUUACAAUGAACGAGAAUGAUACUAGAUAUCCAAUUCCGAGAAAAACAGAAAGGAGAAUAUUUUCAAAGAAGAAUAUUAGUUUGAUAAUCACUGAUAUGGUUACCAAAAGACAUUAUUCAUCCCCAAAGGGCUUCGGUAACUUUAAACGAAAGGAACAAAAAGAGGAAGAGGAACCAUCGAAACCAAAAGAAGAAACUGCAAAAACCGAAGUCAAAGAAGAGGCAAAGCCUUCUGAAACUAUUUCCGAAAAGAAAGAAGUAAAGAAAGGAAAGAAGGAUGAAUCACCAAAAGAAGAAAAAAAAGAGGAAAAGAAACCACAAAAGAUUGACAUUACCGUACCUCAUUUGGGAGAUAAUGUUGAAACCGCGUUUAUUACGAAAUGGUUCAAGUAUCCCGACGAUGAAGUAUAUGAAGGAGAGGUCAUCUGUGAAGUUGAAGUCAAGUAUUCUGACGAAGAGACACCACAAAGAAUCAAUAUUAGAGCAGCCGAAAAGGGUAAAAUUGUUUCUCAUGAUGUGAAAAAGGGUGAAACCGUUCACUCAACCUUGAAACUGGGUACUAUUAAGGUCAAGGAGGAAAAGAAACAGGAAGAGGUGAAGAAACCAGCAGAAGAAAAGCCACAAGAAAAACGUAGUCUCUUGGACUACAUGUUUUAUGGAAUGUUACUGAUAACGGCUAUUAUGAUUGCUGGUGCUUACCAACAAUUACAACAAGGCACAGGGUAUACUGCGUCCUUUGAUGACUUUAGUAAGGACCUUCGAAAUAACAAUGUCCGUAAAAUCACAAUUCAUGAACGCUCAACAACCAUUCACUCAAAGGAGGGAAGAGAGUAUAGUAUUGGAUUUGGAGGAGACAGUUUUGAAAGAAGAUAUUAUGACCUACUUGAAGAAUUUAAGCAACAUGGAGUUGCUGUCUCUGGUGUGGAUAUUUACUACUCUGGAAAGGAGCAAAAGAACUUUGCUUCUACGAUUCAGGCCGCCAUUCAUUUACUUAUCAUUGGUAGCUUGUUAUAUUAUGCUUACAAACGAUUGCCUGGAAGAGGAGGGGCAGGAUUAGGAGCCAUGGACCCAACCAAUAUGUUUACCAAAUCAUUUAAGGCAACAACUCAACACACUGUUAAAUUCAAAGAUGUUGCUGGACUUGAUGAGGCAAAGAGAGAAAUCACUGAAUUUGUGGACUUUUUAAAGAAUCCAAAGAAGUUUAGAGAUAUUGGUGCUCGUAUUCCAAAGGGUGCCUUAUUAGUUGGACCCCCAGGUACUGGUAAGACUUUGCUGGCAAAAGCUGUUGCAGGAGAAGCUGGGGUUCCUUUCUACAGUAUUUCAGGUUCUGAAUUUGUUGAAAUGGUGGUUGGUGUUGGUCCUGCAAGAGUUCGAAAAUUGUUCAAGGAAGCAAAGGAAAAUGCUCCAUCAAUUAUUUUCAUUGACGAAAUUGAUGCUGUGGGUCGACAAAGAGGAACAGGAAAAUUUAUGGGAAGAAAUGAUGAAAGAGAAAAUACUCUGAACCAAUUGCUUGUCGAAAUGGAUGGUUUUACUCCUGCAACUGGUGUUGUUGUUUUGGCAGCAACAAACAGAUCCGAAAUACUGGACAAGGCUCUCACUAGACCUGGUCGUUUCGACAGAUCGAUUGACGUGAAUAUUGCUGAUAUUAAGGGAAGAGAAGAAAUUUUCAAAGUGCAUAUGAAAGGAAUUGUGUUGGCAAAGCCUGCCGAUGAAUAUGCCACGCGUCUUGCCACUCUCACUCCCGGUUUUUCUGGAGCUGAUAUUGCCAACGUUUGUAAUGAAGCCGCUCUUAUUGCCUCAAGAGAAGGUGCUGAUCAUGUCACCAUGCGUCAUUUUGAACAAGCAAUCGAUAAGGUCAUUGGUGGAUUGGAAAAGAAGAACAAAGUACUUUCUCCAGAGGAAAGAAACAUUGUAGCACAUCACGAAGCUGGUCAUGCUGUUGCUGGAUGGUUUUUGGAGCAUAGUGAUCCACUUCUCAAGGUUUCCAUUGUACCUAGAGGCUCAGGAGCAUUAGGUUAUGCACAAUACUUGCCUAGCGAAAGAUAUAUUACAACUAAGGAACAAUUAUUCGACUUUAUGUGUCUUGCUCUUGGCGGUAGAGCAGCAGAAAAAAUCAUUUUUGGCCACUUGUCUACAGGCGCUCAAAACGAUCUACAAAAGGUAACAGAAAUUGCUCAUUCCAUGAUUACCAAGUAUGGAAUGAGUGAGACGAUUGGAAAUGUAUCCUUCCCAGACACGAACGAUGGGUUCCAAGCAGAAAAGCCUUACAGUGCUACUACUGCAAGAGCUAUUGAUCAAGAAGUUAAAAAGAUGGUGGUUGACGCCUAUAACAGAACAGAGCAGCUUUUACUUAAACACAAAGAAGGAAUGAUCGCAAUUGCCAAGUUAUUGCUCGACAGAGAAAAAAUUGAUGCUCAAGAUAUGGUUGAUGUGCUUGGAAGACGACCUUUCGAAAGUGAUGCCCAAUUCGAAGCCUAUCUAAGAACCAAAGACUUCCAACAACAGGAAGAAAAAGAAGAGCAAGAAGCAAAGAAAAAGAGUGAAGAAAAUGAUGAAAAGCAAUAA